GAAGAGGAAGACUAACAGAAAGAGAAGAUGGCUGAUAAGUGUCACUUGUGUCUGCUGGGACUGAUCUUUCUCUCUUCGAUUCUCACAGGUCUCAGUGGAGUGGAUGAUGCUCAUGUGUUCAUCAGUUCUGGUGAAGAUGUCCGUCUGCCCUGUAAUAAUGCUCUUCAUGACUGUAACUCAACUACAUGGAUCUAUAACAGAUUCAGUUAUUCACCAGCAGUUGAACUGAUCACUGGAGGGAGAAAGAAGACAGACAUAGAGAAACAUGAGAGACUGAGUCUGGAGUCUGACUGCUCUCUGAACAUCAAGAGCGUCACAAAAGAAGAUUGUGGAUCUUACACCUGCCAACAAUAUGUGAAUGGACACAAACUGAGAACUGAUGCUCGUGUUUUUCUGCAUGUUCUUCAUGUCUCUUCAUCUGAGAUCAGUGCAGGCCGAUCUAUGAAUCUUUCCUGUCAUUUGUAUUCAUAUCCUCGAGUCUCUUGUGGUGAUUUGAUCCGUUCUGAACGAAUUGAUCUGUUCUGGGUGAAUCAGGCUGGUGUUAAACUGACAAACUCAGACUCCAGAUAUCAGAUAUCAGCUCCAGAUCACUGUAUCAUCUCUCUGACGACAACAAUCCUGAAUGAAGAUCACAACAGAGAGUGGAAAUGUGAAGUUACUCAAGUCAAGACUUCAGUCACAUUUACUGUUAGGUAUUCAGAAACUGAAGUCAGAUCUGCUGGUUCAAUAUUCAGAGUGAUUGUGAUUAUCGUUGAGUUUGCAGUGUUUGCUGCUCCUACUGUGAUUCUUCUUCAGAUCAUCUGUGCAAGAAGAGCUGGGAGGAAGAACUCACAGCACCGAGAGGAAAUAGUGAUGAAUACAGUAUUACAAUAAAAUACUCUCAACAAACAACAGGCCAGAAUAUAUAUACAGGACUAAUUUUUUUUUUUUUUUUUUACAAAUUUUUCCUUGAUUAUGACAAUGAAAGAACAAAGUGUUCUACAGAAAAACACUGUUAAUUUACAAAUCAUUACAAUCUAAAUCUUCUCUUUGUCAGUUUUAUUUGGGAGACAAAAUACAAUGUCUGUACAAAUGCCAUUGAAAUAUAUUUUUUAAGAAAUACAGCACAAUUACAUUUACAAACCCAAUACCUAAAAAGUUGGGACACUGUACAAAUUGUGAGUAAAAAAGGAAUGGAAUAAUUUACAAAUCUCAAAGUGAUGGCUAAGGCCACACUUGUAUUAAUGAAUUGGCUAGUUUAUUUCAAUUGUUCUAGACUUUUAAUUUUAAUGUUUAUAUUAAAUGUUUAAUUAAAUGUUUAUAAAGUUUAUUUGUGUAUAUAUUAUACUUUUCUUUUUUAUUUAGGUUUGAUGUACGGACUUGAGUCCUCCUGUAAUUAUAAAAUGGUUUGAUCUGUUUUGUUAAAAGGGUGUGAUUUGUCUAGGGCUGAGUCAGUUCUGGUGAGGGAUCCCUGGAGAAACAUGUAAGGCCCAGAACUCAGUAGCAUUUUGAUUUUAUUCACCAGUUAGUUUAUUUCCCCCCUUUUCUUUUGUUUUCCCAUGUUUUCUUGCACUAUUGUGAACAGUAUAUGAGGGUGCCAGUUAAUAAAAUUUAAUUUUGAAGAUUCUA